AUGGCGUCGGUGAGAAAAGCUUUGAGUCGAUCCAAAGCACGUGCGGCGACGCUGCAUUUGACCGUGCGGGAAGCGAGCAUCGUGUUGGCGAUAUAUUUGUUGUCGCGGUACAAUCUCAAUGCUGUGGCAUUGUAUGUGGCUUCAAGAAAUGCGGUCCGGCAGCAACCGAGCCACAGUGCAGCAGAGGUGCGUGAGUUGACAGAAAGCCUGUACUUAGAAACUUCCAUCGACGAACUGAUUGCUUUGGAGUGUGGGGAACCUGGAAGACACGCGCGUGUCCGACACGCAGCAGUGUCGUUUUUGGCGGAACUGCGAACAGUUGAAUGGUUGGAGUCUCAAAACAUGCUCGGCGCCGCCCCUAGCUCGGCUGCCAUGGCCAGCAAGUAUCUGAUGUUUUGCGAAGCUUUUCAUGACUCCCGGUGGGACGGUGCGCUGGCGAGGGCGGUCCACAACAAUUCGCUGAAUCACAGCGCUGGGCGGUACUUGCGCAAGUGGUCUGCAGACUUCCGCGAACGCUGGAAUGUUGCUUUUCGAGUGCUUUCGGUGAAGCCUCCUGCACCUUGCGCAGAGCUUGCGGCGAAGGUAAAAACUCUGUGGCAGUGGGUGUUCUGGCUACGCCACUGCUGUAUCGGCGUUGGCAAGAUUCCAAUCUUGCUGAACUUGGAUGAAAGCUACAUCCCCUGGCUUUACUAUACGCCCAUCAUCUGCACGAAUGAAGCUUUGCAGCCCUUGCUGCCCCGUUUCCUUGUGGCCAAGCGUUCUGUUCUCAGCGCUCGAGCAGUGCGGACUGUUUCUGCUCAGAAGCCGGACAACCUACAUAUUUGGCGUGAGGCAAGCGCGUGGUCAACGGUUCGGGUGAUGAAACGUGUACUCGAGGAACUGUCACAUGUAAUGGCUGCUUUCCCGGCCUUCCAAGCAAUCUUGCUUCUGGAUUGUCAUGCUUCCCACAUUCACCCCGACACGGUGCGCGCCGCGAACAACAGCAACAUCUGGAUGGCUGUCAUUCCAGCAGGCCUAACUGGGCUGAUUCAGCCUUUGGACACACUGGCCUUUUCGGCUUUCAAGUUCCAUCUCAAACAGCAAUUUCAGAUGGGUCUGGGAGAGAGCGAGACACUGCCAGAGGAUUUUUUACGCCGAGUCUUUGCUUUGAGCCAGACCUUUUUCAAUGGAAGGAAAUGGAAGGCAGGUUUUGCGUCUUUGGGGUUGGAGCCGGAGGCCCCUGUUCGCUUAUCGCGUGAUCUUCGACCAUAUCAAGAAGCCCUCGCGCUGGAGAGCUUGGACACGCAGCUCGCCCGCCUGAAACAGGCUAGAAAGGAUCUGAAAGAAUCCAUGAAGAGGGCGACUCGGGCAUUGAAGAGCGCGAAGCAGAAGAAGCAAAGGCGCCUUCUCUGCAAGAAGUUUUGCCCCUAA